UUCUGAUUGAGUUAUCCGGAUUAUUCGGUAUUAAUAGAUAUAUCUCUUACAACAAUUGUUGUUGUUUGUUGGGGGAAUAUGAUAUGUUUUGAUGGCAUUCUACGAUACUUGGCCGAAGGUAGACCCUGUUAUAAUACUGGUGGUGCUAUGUCUGAUUGUAUUAGUUGACCGGAUCUGGGAGAUGAUACUCACCAAGAGACAGCAAUUGGUGUGCCUGAACUCGAUCAUGGUGCCGGAGGAGCUGAGAGGAAUCAUUCCGCCGGAGAUUUACCAUCGGGCUAGGAUCUACGAAUUGCACAAAACGGAACUGCAGCUUUGGAAGUACCUAAUUGACCUGAUCCUCUCGCUGUGUGAGCUGGCCUUGGGUUUUUAUCCCUUCCUCUGGGGACUGGCCACCAAGAGCCUGGCAGCGGUGACCUCAGCGGAGAUCUGGAUCAGCCUGAUCUUCGUCUUUUACCUGACCAUCUACAUAUGUCUGAGGUUCCUUCCCGUGCUGAUCUACGACAAGUGUCUGCUGGAGCUGCGCUAUGGGAUGUCGGGGAAGUUUCCGUGGUACCUGUACUGCUGCAUCGGCCUCCUGGCCAUCCUGCUCAGCCAGUUGGUGCUGCUCCCGCUGGCCGCGGCCAUUGUGUUCAGCGUGACCUUCGUCGGCUACUACUUCUUCCUGUGGUUCUGGCUCUUCUGGGCCCUGUUCACCCUGAUGCUGGUCUUCUUGCUACCCUACUGCUGCAUUCCGUGCAUUGGACGUCAGGUAGUCCUGCCGGAGGGCACUGCUCUGUAUGCGGAGGUGAAGCGGGUCUGCGACAUGGUUGGAUUCCCCAUGAAGCGUGUGUUCAUCAUCAAGACUCGGACCAUGCAGUAUAGCAACGCCUACUUCUAUGGCAGCUGCUGUUUGAAGAGGAUUGUCAUCUUCGAUACCCUGCUGCUGAACAAGGGAUUGGAUGUCGGUGAGCUUCAGCCGUACGAAGUGGGCAGGGGACUGACCAACACCCAAGUGGCGGGCGUGGUGUGCCACGAGCUGGGUCACUGGAAGCAUGGGCAUUUCUACAAGGCCACCAUCAUCAUGAAGCUGCACUUUUUGCUGACCAUGGGACUCUUUGGCCUGUUCUUCCACUGCCCGCAGCUGUACAUGGCGGUGGGAUUCGCACCCGGCCUGUGUCCCAUCAUCGUGGGAUUCAUCAUCGUCCUUCGGUUCACCCUCACUCCAUAUCUCACGCUGGCCAACGUCCUGAUGCUGUGGAAUUUGCGACGCUUUGAGUAUGCCGCCGAUACCUUCGCCCAUCGCAUGGGCUACUCCAUCCAACUGAGAUUGGCCCUGGUCAAGAUCUAUGCCGAUCACAUGAGCUUCCCGGUCUACGAUAACUGCUACGCCUGCUGGCAUCACACGCAUCCCACGAUCCUCCAGAGACUGGCCUAUCAGCAGAAGUUGGAUGCCAAGGCCAUGCGAGGUGGACCCUACCAAUCGUAG